CGAGCUUCGGUUCCGAACGUUCUGCAACGCUUUUUCAUUCCGGCAUGGAGGAUCUCAUCUGUUCUCGGGUCUCCCGGGCUCAAGUGAAGAAGGCGGUAAAGGCACUCUCGUCUUACACUCUAAAGCUAAGAGCAGAAGAUGAAAAACGACUGGUUCUUGGUGCCAAAGACGACUUCGUAUACCUUGUCAUUGCCACCAAACCAAUGCCUUCCGAAGCUACCAGCAUUAGGCCAAUAAGAAUACCUAUUACAUAUCCUAUUGUUGACCCACGAAACCACCCAGUUUGCCUUCUCACUAAGGAUCCUCAGCGAGAAUAUAAAGCCCUCUUGACCAACAAGCAGAUAGGAUUCAUCAGCAAGGUUGUUGGCAUCGAGAAGCUGCGAGGGAAGUUUAAAGCUUUUGAAAGCCGUAGAGAGCUCGUACAAAGUCAUGCGUUGUUUCUUGCCGAUGACCGCAUCAUACAUCGUUUACCUCAGUUAUGGGGGAGAUAUUUAUUCAAAGCAAAGACGCAACCUCUCCCUGUCAACCUCCGGAGUUCAAACUUAAAAGCCGAGCUCGAGCAAGCCAUUUGUUCAGCCUACAUGCACAGAAUCCAAGGGCCGUGUAUGAAUGUUAAAAUUGCUACAGCAACAUUUACCGACAACCAGAUCAUCGAGAAUAUCGCAAUUGCUAUCCCGGCGAUUGUUUCAAAAAUCGAAGGAGGGUGGGACAAUGUGCAAAGUUUACACAUAAAAACAUCGCAAAGUGUCAGCCUUCCGGUUUGGAGCUCGCCACAUCUCAACUUGGACCCCACUCCCACGGAUGAACAACCGUCAGCGCGAGAGUCCGACCAAGGGACUGAUCUAGAGAACCGAGUGGACACCAAAAGCGUUCCUUUUGACGCUCCCUGCCCCAGUGACCCUCCAUCCCCACAAUCAACCAUGGCCGACCAGAAUGUUUCAACAAACCAAGUGCUUCAUCCCAAAGGACUGGCUGUGGAAAUCCUCAAAGUUAAGUGCAAACCUGCCAGUCGGAUAAAACGUAAAGGGGAGAAGGACAGAGCACGGAGGCGCAAAAUAAAAAACCGAGGACCCAAACAGAAUGUGCUUGGUGGAAGGCGCGGCCGAUAAGCACCGGGUAUGAUAUUCAAGGUCGGGUGAUUUUGGAUCGAUUCCCGAAUGCACCACCGGAAAAGCCAUAAUUAUCAGAGCAAAUUAUACAUAUCACAGUUGCAAUUUAAACAAGACUGGCCCAUUGCUUCAAAUCGAAAUUGCUCGCGCGCGCCUGUACUAUCCAUUCAUGAGU